UGCACAGGUCUGUCUGUCAGAUGAGACGUAUGUUCCUGGACAGAGGAGAAGUCUGGACCUAAAUGGAGUCCACCCUCCCCAAAGCUCUAGCUGGAGCCGGCGCGGCAGGUGUCCAGCAGCCAGCGACAGUCCCUCCUGGUGGUUUGCAGCCACUGGCUGAAGCAGACCAGCCCGCAGACCUGGGCAAGGUAGAGGGAACCAAGAGUCAAUCUGGACACCCGGCAGGGGCAAAAGAUGGACAGGAGUUGAACUCAUUUGACAGCUCUCUGUCGUCCUCGGACAGCGAGGACGAGGGUAUCGGCAAGAGAGACAAGAAGAAGAAACAGCUAAAGAAGAAGAAGAAGAAGGAGAAGAAGAAAGAUUCCAGCUCGGCAUCAUCUUCCUCCUCUUCUUCUUCCUCCAGCAGCUCCUCAGACAGUGACAGUGAGGAUAACAAGAAGAAGAAGAAGAAGAAGAAAAAGAAGAACAACAACAACAACAACAAGGAUGAGAAGAAAGAGUACGGCUGGGACAGUGUUAGCACAUCUGCUCCUGAUGGCCAAAUGGAACAGCAGAAUGCAGAAGGUCUGAAGAUGAGCCAGGAUUUUGACUCAUCAGAUGACGAGAAUGACAAGAAGAAAGAGAAGAAUAAGAAGGACAAGAAGAAGAAGAAAAAGAAGAAGAAGGAUUCUUCCUCAUCUGACAGUUCAUCCUCUGACAGUGAGGAUGACAAGAAGAAGAAGAAGAAGAAGAAAAAGAAGACGAAAAAGAAGAAAAAGGCCUCCAGCUCCUCUUCCUCAGAUAGCUCUUCAUCAUCCUCCUCUGACAGCGACGAUGACAAAAAGAAAAAGAAGAAAAAGGACAAGAAGAAAAGGAAAAUGAAAGACAAGAAAAAGGAUUCCAGCUCUUCAUCAGCAUCUUCAUCUUCUGACAGUGAUAAAGAUAAGAAAAAGAAGAAGGACAAGAAAAAGAAGAAGGAUAAGAAAAAGGACGAAGAGCAGAAUGAGCUCUGCAGUGCUACUGCUCUUUUAGCAAUUGUACUGCUGGACUCCUCUGCAGAUAGUGAGCUUGCAGGACCAUGUGCUGAUGGAGAUAAAAAGAAAGAUGAAGUUGCUGACAAGGCCAAGAAAGAGCUUAAAGCCACAGAAGAAGGCAAACUGUCCUCUGGAUCGGCAGCAGGGGGAGCAAAAGCAUUCCCUAUUGGUACUGAGGAAGGCCACCUGAGUGAUGAUGAGGGAGAAGGAGGUGAGGAGAAGGAUAAGAAGAAGAAGAAGAAGAAGAAGAAGAAAAAGAAAAAGGACUCGUCCAGCUCCUCUUCUUCAUCUGAUAGCUCCUCCUCAGACAGCGAAGAUGACAAGAAAAAGAAAAAGAAGGUGAAGAACAAGAAGGAUAAGCUUUGUGCCUCCUCCUCAUCCUCUGAUAGUGAAGAGGACAAGAAGAAGAAAUAUAAGUGGCUGAAGAAGAAGAAGGACAAAGAGUCCUGCCCUUCCUCCUCGUCUUCGUCCUCUGAUAGUGAAGAGGACAAGAAGAAGAAAAAUAAGUGGCUGAAGAAGAAGCAGGAUUCCAGCUCUUCCUCCUCUGAUAGUGAAGAUGACAAGAAGAAGAAGAAGGAGAAGAAGAAGAAGAAGAAGAAGAAGAAGAAGAAGGACUCUUCCUCAUCUGACAGUGAGGAUGACAAGAAGAAGAAGAAGAAGAAGAAAAAGAAGAAGAAGAAGAAAAAGAAGUCCAGCUCUUCCUCCUCUACCUCGGAUAGUGAUGAUGACAAGAAGAAGAAGAAGAAGAAAGAUAAGAAGAAGAAGAAGAAGAAGGAUAAGAAGAAAAAGAAAAAGAAGGACUCUUCUUCUUCUGACUCCUCCAGUGAUUCUUCUAGUGAUGACGAUGAGAAGAAAAAGAAGAAGGAUAAGAAGAAGAAAAAGAAAGCCAAGAAAAAGGACUCAGAUUCUUCUAGCAGUGAUGAUGACAAGAAGAAAAAGAAGAAAGACAAGAAGAAAGAGAAGGAUAAGAAGAAGAAAAAGAAAGACAAGAAAAAGGACUCAGAUUCAUCUAGCAGUGAUGAUGACAAGAAGAAGAAAAAGAAGAAAGACAAGAAGAAGAAAAAGAAGGACGACAAAAAGAAGGACUCCAGCAGUUCUAGUGACAGUGACAAGAAAAAUAAAAAGAGUUCGGGCUCAUCAGGAAGUGAAACUGACAAGAAGAAAAAGAUUGAAAGCCCUGAUGGUGAGCAAAGUGGCCUGCCAAAAACUGAAGUUUCAAGCUCAGUUGGUGGCAGCCUUUCAGCUCCCGGUGACAGCUACUCUAAGCCUGGUGGUUCUUCUACUUCUGUCUCCUUCGUGUCACUCCCGUCCAAACCCAUGGUGAAGCUGGAUCCUCUGAGUCCUUCAGCUUUCUCCAAGCUCUCUGCCUCUGGCUCUUUACUGAGUAUGGGAGAUAGGGCUCCCAUUCGCAGACCUCCCAGCCCCAUGGAGUCUCUGAUGGCGAGCACAAGGAGGUUUGGAGACGGAGCGACCCGUUCCACCUCGCACCUCAACUCUAGUGACGUAUUGAGAGGCGCCAAGCCUUACUAAUAAUGAGAUGUCAUAGAUCAAAAUAGAUGUUGUGUAUUUCUUUAAAAAGUAUGGCUUACACGACACUGAAGGCUGUGUGAUGUCAUAUGCUCUAAUGAUGUUCUUAUCACCCUGAUUUUAUGCAUGAAUAUUAUGAUGAGAGGUUACUAUAUAAAGAUGCAUUGCGACAUGAUAAAACAUUUUAAGUUGAGGAAGAAAAUGAUACCAUGAUAAAUGACUAUAUAUAUAUAUAUAUAUAUAUAUAUAUAUAUAUAGGCAAUACUUUUUAAUUGGUAAGAAAAUGCACAUUAGUGGCAGAAAUAUCAAUUCACAAUCACAUGAAAUAAUUCAAAAUCCUUGCUUUGCUGAAUAAAACAAUGUGAUUUCA